CUUCAGAACGCUGUCCUUGUACAUAUCGGAAGUAACGACAGGCUUUCCGAUGCAAAGCGCAAUUUGUAAUUGUUUAUACACUAUCGAAGCGAUUCCUGGCAAAAGCCAUGGCCUCAUCGCGGCAACGACGAUCGCUAAAGGCACACGCAUUCUCUCCGAGUUCCCAUUGUUCAAGGUCCCCAAAGGCGGAAACUCCAAGAAGCGCGUCCGUGAUUCCAUCUCCGACAAGGUUGCCGUUCUUCCGGAAGAACAGCGGCAGACAUUCCUCUCUUUGCACAACUCUUUUGAGGAUGAAGACGGUCCAGUGCUUGGAAGAGUCCGAACUAACGCACUGCCUCUUGGAUCCAAUGCGACGAUGGGCGGUAUCUUUCUAGAAUCGUCCCGCAUCAAUCACUCCUGCAAUCCGAACGCCCAGAACACUUGGAACGAUAAUCUCCAGAAGCUCACGAUCCAUGCCAUUCGGGACAUUUCGAAAGGCGAUGAGAUCACAAUAUUCUACCUCACCGCCCGUCGAAACCGCAGCGCUCGCCUGCGAGCUCUACAGACCGACUUCUGCUUUACUUGCUCCUGCAGUCUCUGCUCCCUACCCCUUGACCAACGCAAGACGAGCGACGAAAGAUGGGACGAGAUCCACAGGCUCGACAGUUCAAUUGGUAGUGGUACGGGGAUUCUAUCUGCCCCCUUACAGACCCUGCACGACGUACAUAAGCUGCUGGAUCUAGUCCAUGACGAAGGCUUCGCUGAUGCGAGUGUUCCGAGGGCCUACUACGAUGCGUUCCAGAUUGCCAUCACUCAUGGAGAUAUAGCAAGGGCAAGAGUUUUUGCAGAGCGAGCGGCUUCUACUCGGGAAAUUUUGGAGGGCAACGACAGCCCAACGGUACAAAGGAUGAAGAGCUUGGCUACAAACCCAACCCAGCACCUAGCGCAUGGCCUUUCGCAGAAAUGGAGAACAACAGGGGAUGAUGUCCCAAAAGAGCUCGCUAACGAUGAGUUCGAACGCUGGCUAUGGAGGGAGAACACCACACAGGUCUCGCAGUACGCUGAUUUGCGGAGCGAAACAGCCUUUCCCCUGUUCGAUGAUCUGCCUGAAGAGAAUGACAUCAGUUUGGAGUUCUAUGAGAGUACUGAUGGGUUUUCGUACAGGCCGCGCAAACACUGGUGCUUUCUGGCCGAGAUUAUUGACGUUGAGAACUUUAUGCGCCUGAGGCUCAUCGUCAAGGACAAGGCCGGCCGUAAAGUUCCAAUUGCUUUCUACACCGAGAGUCGUGGUCUCGAAGUAGAUCCGUCAUAUAUCCAGGAAGGCUUCACGGUUGCGAUUCUAUAUGCAGAGCAGCACGGAUUUCUAGAUCUCUCUGUAGGGAUUCGCCACGAGAAUCCAACGGCAAUUAAGAUCGUCCCCCUCCCGCUGGACGAACUAUUGACGCUAAGCGACAAGGUACAGCAGUACGCAACAGAGCUGAAAGGUGUGAGGACAUGCCAGGGAUGCAAUCAAAAAGCGGCCACUUUGAAGAAGUGCUCGAGGUGCGGCUUUUUCUGGUAUUGCGAUAAGUCCUGUCAAAUUGCUGGUUGGAAAGAGAAGGGCCACAAGGCUGAUUGCAAGCUUCUCAAGGAUCCUGAUUUGCAGAGACUGUUCCUCAUGAAGUGGAACGUCUUUGAGGAUUACUAUAGAUUUGGUAUGACGGUUUGACCAAGUCAGGUGCAUGACUACUGAGAUAGAGGGGCUCCUUGUAACGCCAAAUCACG